GGAUAAUGCAAUUCCAACUUCGAUGCCACUCUAUCACUCGUACUCGUACCCUCUCAGCCCUCGUCGACCCUUUCCUCUUUCCCCUAUGGCCAAUCACUACUGAUUAAAAAAAAAAAAAAAAAAAUCGAAGAAGAAAGUUCUAGAAGAUUCGAAAAAUUCUAGAUCAAUGGCGGAGACGAAGAGAUCGACGGGCAUAGUGAAGUGGUUCAGCGCGCAAAAGGGGUUUGGAUUCAUAACUCCAGACGAUGAAGGCGAGGAUCUCUUCGUGCACCAGACCUCGAUCCAAUCCGAUGGGUUUCGGACUCUUUCGGAGGGUCAAGCCGUCGAGUUCUUCAUCGAUUUUGGAGACGAUGGGCGCACCAAGGCCGUCGAUGUGACUAGCCUCACCAGAUCGCACCGCGGCGGUGGAAGAGGAGGUGGGAGGGGUAGAGCUGGUAAUUUUGGCAGAUUUGGUGGUGGAAGGAGUGGUUUUGGACUAAGAGGUGGAACUGGAAGAACUAGUGGCGGCGGUGAGUGUUACAAUUGUGGGCGAAUUGGUCAUUUGGCUAGGGAUUGUUAUCAAGGCUACAGUGGUGGAGGCAGCGGCGGUGGUGGUGGUGUUGGGACUCGGAGAUACGGCGGAGGCGGUGGUGGGCGUGGAUAUUAUGGUGGCGGUGGCGGAGGAGGAGGGUGUUAUAAUUGUGGAGAAGAAGGACAUUUUGCGAGGGAUUGCCCUAACGCUUAAAAUAUUAUUACACGUGGCGUGUCCUGAUUGGUUAAUUGGGCAUAUAAAUUUUUUUUUUUUUUGGUUGGGUUUGUAAUUUUCUUUUGUUGGGUGCUGGGAGAUUGUUGUUGGGAAUGGAAUGCAAAGCGCGCUUGGUUUUGUCACCAAAUUAUUUCUGGUUGUUGGGUUUUUGCUGGGUAAGCUUGUUUUUAAUUUUUUUUUCUUCUCCCCUAAGUUUCAUAAAUAUUACAUAUAUGGUCAAUAAUUGAAUUAAUGAAAAGGUAUAUUUGUUGAUACA